AUGCCCAAGCAAGAAGUGUUUCACCUCCACCCAUACGGCUGGGAGAACGACCCGGAGGAGGAGAGAUUCAAGGUCACCACCCUUGACUACCUCACUGCCUGCACGUACAACAACUACGCUCUCUUCUUCAAGCUCGAGGAUGCAGACAAGCCCCGGGCUGUCGAGGUCCUGAAGGGUGGCUUGGAGCGGACAAUCGCCCAGGCCCGGCACUACGCCGGUAUCAUCGAGAAGGACCCUGAUUAUGGCCACUCAUUCGUCAAGAAGAGGGACAGCACUGUCCGUCUCUUCGUGCAGUAUCUGGAUGAUCCCAAGGAUGGAUAUCCCACCUUCCAAGACUUCGAGAAGUCCAACUUCUCUGCUGUCUCCAUGGGUAACCUGAAGCUGUGGAGUGUUGAUCCCAUGACCUACGGCGAGAAGCCAGAGGCUCAUCCCGACAACAGGCCAGUUGCCUCGGCUUUCAAGGCAAACUUCAUCCGAGGUGGUCUGGUUCUUCACAUCCAUCAUCACCACUACUCAAAUGAUGUGAUGGGAUGGGCUGGCUUCGUGCACCAGCUGGCCGAGAACUGCCACGCCGUUGCUAACAAGUCCUCCUUCCCCCAAUGGGACCAGAAGAACCUGGACCUGUCGUGGUUCUGCAAGCCAGACCCCCCAGAGGCAUCCAAGGUCGACGGCCCUCCGCCACAGAGCCGCCACCCGGCCCACACCACCGGCCAGUCGCUCCUCUUCCACCUGCCAAAGAGCAAGGCCGCCGAGCUGAAGAAGCUGGCCACCCCGGAGGACGGCACCUGGAUCUCGACCUACGAUGCCUUCUCCGCCUUCAUGUGGCGCACCCUGAGCCGCGUGCGCGCCCCGGUCUUCAACACCGACCUGUCCUCCAAGCUGUUCUGGGCCGAGGCCGUCGACAUGCGGCGGCGCAUGGAGGUGCCCGCGCGCAUCCAGCACAACGUCAUGUUCGCGGCCCUGUCGCCCACCGCGCCCGUCGAGCAGCCCACCGCCGGCGAGGUCAUCUCCGAGUGGCCGCUGUGGAAGGUGGCGCGCUACGUGCGCCAGCUGACCAACAGCGUCACCGCCGACAGCCUCUCCCAGACGCUCGACAUGGUCGCCACCGUCCGCGACAAGACGAGCCUCAACAUCCAGAUCGACGCGAACCCCCCGCUGUCCAUCCUCCAGACGGACCACCGCGACGCCAGGAUCACCGAGACCAACUGGGGCUUCGCCCGGCCCACGACCUACCGGCACGUCAUCGACAACGUCGGCGUCGGCGUCAUCGUCAUCUACCCGCCCCGCGACCCCUCGCCCGUGUCCGACGAGGGUCCCGAGUUCGCCAUCUUCUACGAGAAGAGGCUGGCCCAGACCCUCAUCAACGACCCGGAGUGGAGCAAGUACUUUGAGUACCGCGGUGUUGACGCCGAGGACGCCUCGGCCGUCGUCGCCGAGGAAGUCAAGCCCGUUCCUGUCGCGGUGUAG